AUGGUUAGAGAGAAAGCCGAUUUCACACGUUUAUUCUCACUUUUACUGCCAAUAUCGAUAGCAGGUCAUACUCCUAUUUGUUUCAGACGAACAAUGUUCCGUAUUGCUCUACUCCUUCUGCUAGUAAUCUGCGCUGUCUACGUGAAUGGAAGCGAAUUUGGAUGGGGAUUUGUUCGACCACGUUGGUACUUCGGCGGUCGACUAAACAACGGACUUGGACGAGUGGAUGCUCGAGAAACCAGGUCCUACGACAGCUAUGGACCUGGCGCUCAAUGA